AACUAUCCUCGGAGAGGGGACAAACUCUGUUUUGGGCGCCGUUUGGGAUUUCACGUCAACUUCACUCUCAUCAGAGCUCCUGUCACUCUUUCGUCUACAUAACAAAAAUUGGAGUCAGGGAUUCCCGUUUCUGCUCUGAAUCCUUCAUCCAGACUUGAAUAACCACAGGUAUUUGAUUCUUUCCAAUCUCUAUUAGGGUUUUAGAGAACAACAAAUUGGGGGUUUAUUAGGGUUUAGGUUAUUCUUAAAAGAAUGGAAGGUGAAGAAGAAAUAGAUAGAAUCAGCAGAUUGACAGAUUGUUUGAUUCAUGAAAUCCUCACUUUUAUUGAUAUGAAAUAUGCUGUACAAACCAGUGUUUUGUCAAAAAGAUGGAAAAUAUUUGGAUGUCUCUCCCUUUUAUUUUAGUCUUAGAUGGCAAAAAAAUAUGAUCUUAAUGAUUAUGAGACUACAAUUAGGCUACUGAAUAGGUUUGUAGGGUUUCUGGACAAGGUAUUCGGUUAACGAGAUGACUCUGAUAUACACAUGUUUAAGCUCAUAUUGCACAUACUUAAUGAUGCUUUAGUUGAAGCUCUUAAUAGAUGGAUCCUUGCAGCAGUUAGUCACAAUGUUAAAGACAUAGAUAUAAAUGUUGGUUACUGUCUUAAUUCGGCAUAUGAAAUUCCUAGUCAACUCCUUAAUUGUAAAUCAUUAACGAGUUUGGGUAUUGCAUUUAUUCGACCUUCCGAAAUCGGUAUGUAUACAUAUAUUAUUCUACCAAAGUCGAUCAGUUUACCUCAAAUCAAAACACUGUGGCUUAAUAGAAUUUCAAUCUCUAUUUAGAGUUACAAAGGCUUUUCUCAGCUUGUCCACUUGUGGAAUUGGCAAUCAUACUAGAUUGUGAUAUACGAAGAAACGAUCAGAGGAAUAUCAUUAUUGAUACUCACAGCCUUCCGACUUUUGCACUUGUAACCAAUCGUCGUACACAUCUGGGUUCGGUGGAUCAUUCUUUGACAUACACUACCAAGAUAUCUUCUCAAAAUCUCAAACGAUUAAUAUGCAUAGGCUUCAUGACUGAAGAUUUUUCCCUAGAAAAUCUUUCUUCUCUACUCCGUGCUCAACUUAAAAUGAGAGUAAGAGAAGAAGAAACUGAUGAAACUGCAGAAACAUAUUCUUUGCUUCACGUUGAGGAAAAAGCCGUUUUUGCUAAACGUAUGAUGAAAUAUCUAAGAGCAGUUCAUAACGUGCAACGCCUGACACUAUCAUCUGGGUUCCUUGAGGUUCUCUUACAAGAUCCUGGCACUUUAUCCCGUCAACCUCCUCAACUGUGUAAUUUGGAAAUUCUGAAUCUGGAAAUGAGGUUUACAAGCGGCUGCUUGUGCUCAAUAGCAUACUUACUCAAGACAUCUCCUAUUAUAACAACUCUUAAACUUCAAUCAAAGGAGUCGAAUUUAGCAGAUGUUGGAGAUGAUUGGGAAGCGGGAAUCUGAAUGACGUGCAUGUUUACUCACCUCAAAUUUGUCGAGCUUAGAGAGGCGGAAGGAUGUGAUAAUGAACUCAAAUUUAUGAGUUUUUUGUUGAAAAAGUCUAUGGUCUUGGAGAAAGUGAAUCUGUUCUUUCGUUCUGCAAGCGGAACAAGUAACGGCAUUUACGAGGAAUCUAAGAGCACUUCCAACAGCUUCUUCUAGUAUUAAGUUGGAGUUCUUUUAACCUUUGAAGCUGACAUAGCGAGCUUUCCAGAAUGAGACAUAUGAAGCGAUCCAAGAGUAAGCUAACACCACUUCUAAUAGCUUAUAUAUGUGUCAAAUAUAAGUUUUAACCUUGGUAGGUGACAUAAUUGCGAGAUUACUAGAACUGGUGUACCUUGUAAAAAUCUGAAACUUUGGUACUUCCGGGAUUCUCUGGCAUUCAUGGUUAAUGUUUUUUGACUCUAAUCUGUGUCAUUGCUAAGGCAAGUGAACAAUCCUAAUUUAUGUAGUGGGAUAUUAGAAGCAAAUACAGAUUUAAUGCUAGCAGAAGUGAUGCGGUUAAAAAGAAAAAAUGACACACAUCUUCAAUUUGGACUUUUAACUGGUGCUGUUCUGACCUUUUUUUGAUUCUACUGGUUUAGUUUAUGCAGAGCGGUCGAGCUAUAACAUCUGUAUGUUUAAUUAUUAGUAUAUCCAUUGUUGCAUUAACUUUUAAAAAUCGCAUUGGUAAAUGUUUGAAUAAGAUUUGCCAGAUCGUAAUAGCUGAACAAGUUGUAGUGUUGCCAUAUGUAAAAUUUGGGUCCCGAGGCACAAUUAGACUACCAGAGG